CCCUGGACGACAUUUAAAAAAAUACGGAGUAUUCUUAUUCUUAAAGAUAAAAAGGAAUUCAAAAGAAAGAGAAACACAGCAAACCAAUCGGCGGUUUCGGCCAGAAGAAAAAUGACUUAAACUCUUCAAUCGGCGCUUAUGGCCGGACUGCUCACGAUCUUCACCGUCGCAGACUCACUAUCAGCCAUAACACACAGUAGAAGAUCAUCCUCGACUCCUCGAUCAUCCUUAUAUGCGGAUUUGUGCCAUCUCAAAUCUUACUCUGGAUUUUCUCCGCUUCCAGACUUAUCCUAUUUCCGUCAAUUAGUAUAAAUCGUUUCAGCUACUAGCAUAAUAAUGACUAAUAGAUCUUGGAUGUAAUUUGGCUCCGUGAUCAAGUGAACAGUUCGUAUAAGGGGUUGAGAGCAUUAUAAAGUUUGAUUUUCAGUGAUACACAUAAUGGGUAGAUGAUGGAGAACACUGAAUGUCAUGAUCUUCAAGUUCUAUGCCUAAUGAUGAAGACGAGGUUCUUGGUCAUGAUAGGAAGGAACUUAUUGGAUGACUUGUUUCAAUCAGUCCAUGUUUCUGCAUUGCUUAUGGCUUCAAAGGAUAAUGGUGUAUUACCAACACGUGGAAAAUUAUUCAUUAAACUCUGACUCAAAAAGAUGGCACUUUUAUCAAUUCUUCUACAACAACAGUGGUGACUUCAAUUAUGAAAGGCAACAGGUACCAUCUCGAAGGUCAAUUAAUCAUUCCUUAUUUGAUUGUAUUCUGUUUCUUCCUUUUCAAUUUGUCUUAAUUAUUAUUUAUUGUGGCUUUCCUAUAUUAGUUCUUAAAUUUGAUAUUCAGAAAUUUAAUUUGGACAAUGGAAACCAUGAGCGAGUGAGAAGGUUUUCAGAUCUUUCUUCAAGUUUCAUACCAAGAGGAAUCGGGUUCCUUCAUAUUGGAUCGCUCUAGCAAAAGGGGCAUUUUUUAAAUGAACCAAGCCAUUGGUGAACUUUCUCCUACUACAUGAUCGAUCAUCAACCGGAAGCCAUCAACUCAAAGAAGCCAAUUAAAGAUUUAGUAUAUAGUUCAUCAUGAUCGAACAAGUUAUUUCAAUUUGCAUAAGAUACAAUCUUGUCUUGUGUACUUAAUUUGUAUUAGUCUUAUAGAUGCAUUUGAAUGAAAUGCUAAAAAUUUAUUUCAAUUUGCAAGUUUCGGUAUGAAGAUAAUAUCUAAUAUCCUACAUUGUUAUUACAGAAUGUAUAAGAAAAUAGAAACAAGUAUUAUUAAUUAGCAUAUGAUCUACUACAGUUAUUGGACAUGGUUUUUCUUGACACUCAAUAA